AUGGAAUAUCGCCGCAUGAUGGAUGAACUCAGCGGCGAAAAAUCCGGCUUGGGGGCCCUUGACGGCCCACGUCCGCAUGGGGGGCCCCCAGGGGCCUCGGGGGGCCCUGGGGGCCCCAACGCUCCAUACGGCAGCCCAACGGGGGGCUCUCCGGCCUCUCAAGGUUAUACCCCUCCUCCAGGCAUGUCUCCUUCAGGCCCCGAUGGGCCUGGGGGGCCCCCCGGGAGCCGUGCGCCUCCUCCGCCAAUAGUGUUAACGCCGGGGAGAAUGGGGGGCCCCAUGGGUUGUCCUCCGCAUAUGAUGCCGAUGAAUCCAGGGGGCCCCCCUCGAGGGCCCUGGGGGGGCCCCGGUGGGGGGCCCCCAGGGCCCCACCAGGGAAUGGGGGGCGACAUGCCUUGGCCUGGGAACCCCAUGCGGCCGCCGCCUAUGGGCAUGAUGCCGAUGGGGGCCUUCCCUCCUGGGGGCAUGCCGUGGCCGAUGCAACCGAUGGGGAACUUCCCGCCUCCUCAGCAGCACGGAGGAGAGAGAGGGAUGCCAAUGAUGGGCAUGUGGGGAGGACCAAUGGGGCCCCCCAUGGGAUACAUGCCUGUCCCGCCUGGCCCACAGUGGCCGGGGGGGCCCCCGCCUGCAGGUGCUGGGGGCCCGAUGCCGGGGGGCCCUGGGGGUCCCCCAGGGGGGCCCUCAGGGGGCCCUCCAGGUCCUAUGCCACCAGCGCAGGGGGGCCCCUCGCCUCCCUCCGUGCCUCCGCCUUCUGCCCCUUCUAUGCCGCCUCCGCCUGUGCCCGCAGGCAGCGCCAACUCGGACCCCGACAGUAUGGAGUGUGGAGACUGA